AGGAUGGUAGAAGUAACUUAGCCGUGUUCGCGAUACCACGGCGCUCGUGGUUCUCUCCCAUAACCGAAAUCGAAAGCAGUUGCGCGCCGCGCUAAGGUUACCAUUCUUGUACCGAGCGAAGGUCCAAUUGGGAUUUGUUGUGUUUGUCGUGAUUUUCUUGUAUAAGUUCAGAGUUGGAUAAGUGGGCACUCGUUGAAUGUUAACUAGAAAGGCGGCACCAUGACGGCUUAGACUUAUGUUUUAAAUUUUACAUAGAUAUAGCAGAGAAUAUGUCUUCUAUCAUUGUUCUAUUGCUAUUCGGACUGCUAGUUCGUGCCACGGCGCAGUCGAAUUAUGCCGAUCAGAGUAACAAUGUCGAGUACAUAGGCGAAGGCCUUCCGCCGGAAGCGACCUUAGACGGAAAGGUCACUAAAUUGGACGACCUUAGUCCGGUGAUAUUCUUGAAUAGGACAAAAGCGGCUCUAAAUUGUGCUGCUGGGUCAAUGUUGGUAGAACUAAAAUUCAGUGAUAAAUUUCACGGAAUCGCGUACGCUGACUUUGACAGAAACUCAGCCUGUCAGAUUGCAGGCAAAGGUGGCUAUAGUUAUAAACUAGAAUUACCACUUAAAGGCUGUGGAACCAAACAGGAACCUCAACGUGUAUUCACAAACAACAUUGUGGUUAGAUUUCAUCCCACUUUGGAAAUGGAUGGAGACGAAAUUAUUACCAUUGUUUGUAGAUAUCCGCCUCCAGUGGCUCCCGUUCCUCCUAUACCUCUACCAAUUAAGGAAGCCGUAGUACCCAUAGCUGCUCUUGAGCCUCCACUUAAAGGAUUUCAAAUUCUUCUCGUAAUUUGUGGAAUCCUAUUUUUGUCAUUGUUGCUGUUAGGACUAGGCUGUUCCUAUUAUUGCCUUAGAAGACGACCAAUUGCUAUUGUACGGCCAUUCUCUAGUAUCGGUAGUGAUUCUGAAAUUACCAAAUUAUCUGAAAGUUCAUUGGGUACUUUAUCAAUGUUCGAAGGACUUAAAAUACCCCGUGCUCAUGCGCCAGUAGGCAUCACAGGUAGCAGUUCUGGAAGUGAAGGAGGCAAUCUGAUAAGUGAUACCUUACCUUCAGAUUAUCCAUCUGAAUCGCAUUCUGAGGUGGAAGAAACAAGAUCUUUACCGAUUUCUUCUGCGGGAAGCUUUGAAAAUAGAGCUUAUAUACAUGAUAAUGGUAGCUUUUUUGGUUCGGAAGGAUAUGGACAUACCCAAGAGCAGCAUAUACAAAAUGCCGCAUUUGCCAAUCAACAUAUGGUUGCUGGGUUACCAAUGGCAGUAAAAAGCGAUUCUCCAAAUUUCGAAGUCCAAGUAAGAGUAAAACGGGCCCCGCCUUCACCUCCAAGUAUAUCUUUUACAGACACUGAAAGUAUGAGAAGUGACCGAAAUCUAUCUACCAUUCCCGAACAACUAGAGGACAUGAGUGUGAGAUCAGUAUCACCCCCUAUAACAGAAAAAACUCACUUUACUUACGUACCUGAAUUACAUGCCCCACCAAAGCAUAUACAACCUGCUCCAACAUUUAACAGAAUUCUUCGCAAACAGCAACAAGAUAUCGCAGAUGCCCGCUCAGUAGCAUCCCUCAACGCUGAACUAAAUGAUUUUAGAUCAGUUGGAGAGAGAGUCGAUGACUGCCAUCACAUGUUUAUUGCACCCACGCCUCCUCCGCCUCCACCAAUUGUACCAAAACAAAAUUACAUGGCUGAAAUGGAAAUUCCUGCCAAACUUGAAUUACCUAUUGCCAUCAUUCAUAAGCCGGAAGUUACGUCACAUGUGGUUGAUGAUAUCUUUUUAAAGACUAUUACUGAGAAAAAGACUAUUGAAGAUAUUGAGAGACAUAAACGAUUAAUUACAGAAUACCAUACACGCCCUAAAAAAUCUACAUUGCCACCACCAGAAGUGCCUAAAUGGGACGUUGCUAUUAAAAACUAUCCAAAUCAGGCAGAACCUCCAGAGUGGGAAAAUUUCUCAGAUAUUUCGUCAGUUUCUGGAUUUUCCAUUGGCCCCGGAAUAGAAAAGGCUUCUCUAGGCUUAGCACCGCAGCCUCAAAUUAACGAUAAUAAAUUACCGCUUAACGCUCCUGAAUUAGUCAGUACUAUCGAUCAGCAUUCUAACAGGCCAUUACUUCCUAGUAAUUUACAAAGGAGUAUAAGAGAACCAACCCAAACAGUCGAGGAACAAGAACAAACUUAUCUUUCAACUUUUAACAUACCCAUAGAAAAUCCAAGUGUCCCAAACUGGAAUAUACUAAUUAGAGUAUUGCAACCAACAGAGCAAGAGGAAGAAGGUCCCGUAAUUGAGAGUGCAGAGACUUUUAACUCGCAACUAACCUUAACCGACAAAAUGAAGUGGAGACAAAUUAUAACGACGGAAUCGACAUUGCGGACGCUGCUCACAGAGGCAGUGGUUAAAGAAGAUUUUGAGAAAAUUCGUAAAGAUGAAAGGUACGAGUCAAUCUUCGAGCCACCAAAAUGGGAUGUCAUUAUUAGAAUAUUAACUCCGAUUGAAAAACAGGCGAAAAUUAAGUUUAGAAAAAAAAACGAUUGGGAUACUAGAAGCCGACGAAGCAGCUUGCCAACUUUAUAUGAAUAUGAUUCGGAUGGAGAAAGUAGUGUCAAAACUGUCGCUAGGGAAUCUAUGGUAUAUCCGUCUAUCCCUCGAAGAUCUUCUAGAGCAAGUUACAAAAGCGAAGCCGACCUAAGGUCAAUGUCAGAAAUGAUUGUUGACUUUGGAAGACCAGACAUAUUUGAUAACCAAUCAGAAGUGUCCAGCUACUACCCCGAACGUCGAUAUUACGAGGAUUCGGAAGUAGAUAUUGGUUCUAUUCGAGGCCGCUCCUUAGCUCGUUCACUUAGUCAGCCCAGCUUAGCUAGAUCAGCCAGCGAAAUCACAGAAAGAUGGAUUGCACCAUCUCGCUACGACACUGCUAGUGAAUUCGACUCACCUGAAGUGUCACCGAAAUCACAAAGAAGCACCAAGAUACAGUCCUUUCACUUGUCAAGAAAUGAGGGUGAACAACACGCAUCUUCGUGGCAGGCAAGUGAAUCUAGACGAAUAACUAGAGGCCCAGAAUCUACAACAGAAGAAAUUAAGAGAGAAUUUAGAAGUGAAGCUAAAACAAGUUUUAUGGGAGCUAAACCUAAAGGGUGGUUUGGAGAUAUAAGCAGCUGAGUUUAUACUUUAAGAAGAAUCUUGAUACAUGUAUCAAACUGCCAUUUUUUACCUGUAGAAAUAUAAAUUUGAUGCAACAAGAAAAAUUAUACAACAAAAAUUAUUUUAAAUAAGUUUGGUAAAAUUAAUUUUACAAUAAUUUAUUAGCAUGUAAUAUAAUAAAAUUAAUUAUAUAAAGAAAGAUGUUUUAUGAAGUAGCAAUAUUAUCGGUUUUAGUUUAAAUAACAUUUAUUGAUUUUGAUAUGGGUAGGCAAAUAAUUUUAAAAGAUCUGAUUUAUGAAGUAAUAAGACUUUUUUGGUACAUUUUUAGAGUAAUUAUAUUACUUAAUAAAAAUUUAGUUUUUAAUGACGUAAAAUUGUCGGGAUAUGUGCUGUACUGUAAAUAAAUAUAAUAAUUUCAUAUUUUUAGCAACUAUAUAUAUGUGCACCGUGACCUUUCAGUAUAGGCCUUUAACUUUUUUACAAAAUCUAUAGAGUUUUUAUAAAAAUUAAGUGCUGACUUUUUAACUUUAUUUUUAUCAAUAGGGUGUUUUGUUUCUUGGAUAUUGAUACCAACUUGAUUUUUUUAAACGGAAUAUCUCAUAUCAUUAGUAAAAAGUUCUUCUAUUUAAAUAUAUCAAUGAACAUUGCAAUAUUGCUUAUACCGUUAUGUGCCAAUUGAAUGCAUAAAUGAUUUAAUUUCACUUAAGCUUAUAAUAAAUAUGUCGCAUUUAUGUUGUACCCUUCUGGCACAUUUAGACAUAGCAUUGAGCGGAAAGUUUAAACAAUGCCUAAUUGUUUAACUGUUGUUAAUAUUAUUAAUAUAAAAUGUUAGAAGAUUUUUGAUUUGUCAUGAAGUAAUAUUAAAGUUAAUUAAAUUCAGUAAUUUAGAACAGUCAAUUUAUAUAAGAAAAGGAGGGAUGAAUUUACCCUUUUCGUUGUUCUAAGAUUUGCAAGUUAUUACUAAUUCUUAUUUUAUUUUUUAAAGUGAAUAGCGUAUACAUAUAUUAUUAAAGUUUUUCUAAACUUCAAAUAUCUUAAGAAUUUAUUUUGAAUUCUUUUUAUUGCAUAUUUAUAAAAUGGCUUCCAAACUAAGACUGCAUAUGCAAGAAUUCACUUAUUAUAACUUAUAUAAAAUUGUCUAAUAUAUUGAUUAAAAAAUUGAUUUGAAAAAUCUCUGAGAGUUUCUUACAAAAAGCCAUAUAUUGCAGAUGCUCGCCUCAAAAUACAAUCCAUAUGAGAUAUAAAUGAAAACUAAGUCAAAAACUACUUUAAAUUUAAAAUAUAGCACAUUGCAUUGUGCCGUGUCAACCCAUGAUGGGAAAAGCUGAAUAGCUCAUCAAUUGGUCCAGCGCAACUAAAUCUAUCACCCUGUUACUUAUUUUUAAACACAAAACAUUAACUGUUCUAUGUAAUUAUCUCUUUUGUUUUUGAAUAAUGUGCAUUUUUUCUAUUGAAUAUACCGUAAAACGUACCGUUAACCAACCGCUUUACUAUUAUAAAGAUUUCGUAAGAUUCUACCAAACAUUUUCUUGGUUGUACUUUCCUAGUUGAAUACUGUUUAUAUUUACAACUGACUAUAUUUACAAGAAACUAAAGUAGAAUUUUGAUCGUCUCAUAUUUAGCACUCAUGUAACUGAGUUCAGGAGCUCUGCAAGGUUGUCUUAGUAUUUAGGACUGUGUCUCAUGGUUUUAUAGAUAUAAAACCAUGAGAUACAAUAAAUAUAUUAAAAUAACGCAAUAAAUUAUAUUAUAAAAUUAAUUUAUUGGUAAUUUCGAUAAUAAGUUAGAAGGUGGAAAUAACUUACAUAAAGGCAUAUAAAAUAAUAGCAUGUCUAUUUAAAAAACAAGCUUUAUUUCAGUAAAAUAUUGUAAAGGUUAAGCAUCAGUAUUUAAUGUCCUAUAUAUUUUUGAACAAAGACACAAAAUAGAAAUACACAAAAAAGAAAUAAAUCAACGACUUAGUUUACUAAUUAGCAAUAUUAUUAGUUGUUACAGCUACUUUGCUUUAGCCACCACACAAUUUUAAAUAUAAGAUUUUUUAAAUUUUUACAGAAAAAAUAGAAAUGCUAAAUUUCUUUUAGGAGUUAUAUGCAAAACUAACCUAAUAUAAAGGGUAUUUCAUUUAAAAUAAUAAAGUUCUUAUCCAUCUGUAAUAAACAAAACACCAAUGUCAACCAUACAACAAGGUAUAAAAAUAAAACUUUGUUUGAAGCUAAAAGGUUUGGCACUUAAAUCUUUUUAAACACGCUAUAGAUCUUAAGAUGGACCCCUACUUGAAUGCCCACCGUGUACAUGUCAUAAUGUAAGUCCAAAAAUUAGGAGUACUUGUUUCUUUAAGGGGAUAAUUAGAUAUGUUACGUGAAACGCACUACUGCGUAAAAAGUAAUUUGACGUUUAAUUUAUAUUUGUCAACAAAUGUUUUGACGUUUUUUUAUCGUAAAUUCGUUUAAGUGCGUAAAGUAAUUUGAUAUUUUUGUAAUGUUUUCUCUGGUAGUAGAUUUUUUCUACUACCAAAGUGUGUAUAUUACACGUGUAUAAAAUUCCCUUUUUUUAUUCAUAGGAUAAAGUUUCCCAGUCAUCAAAAAAGUCUCAUUUUACACACUUAUUAUAUAAAUGACUAUAUUGUCUUAGAUACUAGAAACAUAGCAUAGACACGUCAUGAUUACUAUACAAAGCAAUACAUAUGGCAUAUGUAUAGGUAUUCCCCAAUCAGGAGUUUGUCAAAAUAUAUGAACAUACAUAUAUUAAAAAUAAAACAAUAAACAUUAAAGUUCAGUUCUAACACUUAUAAAAUUACACAAGUUAACAGUUUUUAGAUAACUACCUUUUGUUUAACAAUAAAUUUAAACUGACAAAAAAUCAUCCUUUUAUAUGCAUAUACAUUAUUCCUUUAUAUAACCAGUUAUAUAAAGAUUUUAGGGCAGAAAUUUAAGAGCAGUAAUCAAUUAUUUGGUAUGUUGUCGAUUCUUGAAAUUGAACAGAUGCAAUACUGGUUUCGUAAAGAAAAAGUAUGGGCAGUAAAUAAUGCCACUAUAAACCGAAUUUAAUUUUUUUUUCCACGGUCAUUGAAAGAUUCCUUUAUCAUUUACAUGUUUCUGUCAUUUUAAACUUAUAAACGUUAAUAUAUUCGUUUCUUUUAUAUGUAAAAAUAGUGUUAUUUUUUUUAAUUUGGAACGUUUAAUACUCCUCGGCACUAACUCAUUUUAUUAUGACACAACUGCAACAUUUAAGACUAAGAGAAAGAGGCUCCCUAUAUUUUAUACAAUAUAAUUUUUUCGAAAAGAAUUUCUUUUAUUAUUAAGCAUGAGGUUCAGUACUCUUAGUUUAUGGAUCUGAUUAAAUUAGUCUAUGUAAUAUCUAAUCCGUCGACAGGUAGCACAAUGUCCAGUACUGUACUUAAUAAGAUUUAAUUUUCUUGUAACUAGCUGUGAUAACAAUAGUUGAUUAAUGCUUAAGAAGCAAUGUCUAACACUUUAUCUUUGCCUCUUCAUAACUCUAAUAACUUAUUAUUAACUUUUUCACUAUGUGCAUGGGAGGACUCAAAGGUAAAGUUAUUGGUGUUUUUGUCUAUUAAAAUUUAUUGAGCAUAAUAAUAAAAAGCAAGGUUUUACUUUAUUAUCGCGUAUUCAAUUUUACACUGAAAAACUAAAAGGUCAAGCAUCUUUUGGGAAUGGAAUGGGUUUAAAUUUAUUUUUUAUACUCUUGCAAAACUAUAUAAUGUUGAGUAUUUAAACCAAUUGAUUUUUUUUAGUAGAAAAAUAUAAACAAAAUUUAGUUAAUGUUACGACUUUUUAUGACUGCUUUUUAUUAUUAAUAAUAAUUAUUGCUAUUUAAAGGUGUUGGUAUAUUAAAAAUCGGGGCUUAAGCUAUGAUCUUGCUGCUCAUAUGCAUUUUUUAUUUUUUAGUAUUAUAAUAAGUAUUCCUGUAUAAUUAUAUUAUGUUAUAAGUUUUGCAGUAUUUUGUAAAAUUAUUAAAAAAUAAAUAAGUAAAUAAAAAUAGUAUAA